UAGUCGCCGGCGCUCGUGGUGUUUCGUGUCGUUCCGCGCGUCGUAGCAGCCGUAGUCGUAGCCCGAUACACCGAGUUUGUCCGCCGCGGAGGAGGAGUGGGGCACCCUACGACGACGAUGUUGUCGCGGAGUCGCGGCGAAGAAGGGGAGAUGCUCCCCGGGGGAGCACGAAUCUGCGGUGUACGAGUAGGGGAAGUCAGCUGAACGGUGGUGGAAUGGUGAGGGUCGAGCGACGAGAAGGGCAACCGCGCUCCACGUCGACCGCUCUGAGCGGUUUAGUCGCGAGUCGAGUCUCACCGCGUCAACGUGUGCGGGAAUAUACGUAACGCUCCAACUGUGACGCGAGUCCUUCUCUUUCCUUUUCUCUUUCGUUUUCUCUUUGUCGUCUUUGUCUUUUCUCGUUAAAACGCUCUCGAACGCGCCGCUCGUUGUCGCUCGAGACGAGUGUGCUCCUGCUCCGAAGAGCCAUUUUUUCCCUUUUCCUCCGUUUCCGCCUGUUGGUUUGGUGCUUGUGAAAGAGGAGGGUAUGCGUAUCGCGCACGGAUAAGUGCCGUUCGAGGGAAAAAAAAAAAAAAACCUGAAGAAUCAGCCUGGUGCAUGGCUCCGCGUCCGAGAGUGAUACCGUUGUUUCACUGCUGCGACGGAUAUAGGUGGGAAAAAGUGCGACGCAGGAUCACGCAGUUGGAUCGCCGAUGAGCCGUCGUCGAGUGUGACGGAAAAUAAUUAAGUGGUGCUUUCGUCGAUUAUACGACCGACGGCGCGAGCGAGGAUCGACCGCGAAAGAUGCUGACGUCCAGCGCGAAUCAGUAUCUCCGUCCUGAUCACUACCUCACGCCGCUACCUACUACGCUGGAUGCGAAGAAGAGUCCACUCGCGCUGCUCGCACAGACCUGCAGUCAGAUAGGAGCGGAUCCACCGUCCAACAAAUCGUUACUAAGUUCCUUGGACAAGACAUCGAGUAACAGAUCAUCCAAAAGCAGUGCGGAGCAGUCUCGUGAAAAGUCAUCGCCCGCGGUAACCACGGCGUCAGCCACGGUGCCAACGUCGGCGAGCGAAUCGACGAAGACGAGUUUCAAACCGUACGAAUCCUGCCUGGGGCGUGAGAAAGCGUGCACGCCGGACGAAUCGCGAUCGACGUCGAGCGGCCACUCGACGUCCGGUCGAUCGAGGACCCCCGGAAAUAACGGCAGCAAACGAUGCCCGAGCAACCAGAGUGCCGCGUCAACGCGCGCGGUCACGCCGCAAGGUAGGAAGACGGCAACGCCGAACGGUGAAGUCAGCACGCGGGACUCACCGUCUUCUAGAAACUCGGCACCCUUGGUGCCAACGAGCGGUACGGUAGCUGCGGUGGACGCUUCGACGAGUCAACCAACCGUGAGUAGUCCCUCGUUACAAGCGAAACCCGCCUACAGUCCCGUCAGCGUGCUCGCGAUGGCCGAUCCAUCUAUCAAGGAUCUACCAUUGGGCACGUUCAAGCCCGGGGUCAUCCCAGCGUCCACCGCCGCCUACUUGGGCUACAGUCCCAGUCAACUACCCAUCGACGUGAUGGCCAACUCGCUCAUGUCCCAUCACGCCGCCCUGAAGAACGGUAUCAACCCCUAUCUGUACGCCCGAUUGAAAAGCACCGGCGGACCCACGGUGGCGGACAGCCUGAUGCCGAUAUGCCGCGAUCCCUUCUGCACCGGCUGCCAACUGAACUCGCACCUACUGUCGAACCCUGCGACCGCUGCGGCGGCGGCGGUGGCCAGCAUCGCCAAUGGCAAAUUGCCGUCGGGCGCGAGCGCGACGCCGGGUUCCUGUCCGGCCGGGUGCGCUCAGUGUGAUCACAAACCCGGCGGCAGCGUUUCGCCCUACGGCUCGCUCGGCGCGGUUUACGCGCACGCGCAGCUCGCCGCGUUGGCCGCGGGCACGCAACUACCCUACGUGUGCAACUGGAUCGCGGGAGACACCGCGUACUGCGGCAAGAGAUUCACCACGUCCGAGGAACUGUUGCAACAUCUGAGAAGUCAUACGAACGUGUCGGCGGUGGCGGCGGCGAGCGGCGCGACCGAGGCCGCCGCGCUCUCCUUGCUGCCCGGGCCGCCUCCGGCGCUGCACCCGACUCAUCCUCUGUUCGCGACUUACCCUACGCCACCCUUGAGCCCGCUCGCCACCGCGCGCUACCAUCCCUACGGAAAGCCCUCGCCGCUCCUCACGCCAUCCCUGUCGACGCUCGGUCUGCCGCUUCCGCCGCCGCCACCGCCGCCUCCACCGCAUCCGCACGCGACCGCCGGACUGGCGUAUUUCUCGCCGUACUCUAUCUACGGCUCUCGUCUGGGUGCCACCUCCGGGAUGCAUCAAUGAGCACCUCUCGGCAACGAGAGAUAGAGAGAGCCGCGCGCGCCGAACGCGUCGUCGCGUCGUAGCUCCGACCGGCGCAAACUGUGAUUCCGCUACGGAUUCGAAUACGUCGACGAAGAGCAUCGGUUCUACUGUACGCGCUGCUUUGUGUCACGAACCUCGUAAGGGAACCUGAGAGUCAUAGAACGGAUAUCGAAGCGGUAGGAAUGUUUUUCUCGAUUAUUAUGCGCGAAUAGUGUACAUUCGGUGCGUCUACCGGCAGACUGUACGCUAAGCUUUUUUUACGUUAUAAUUGAAAAUCUAUUAGAGAAUCCAAAAAUAAUACGCACGUGAAACAUCCUCUGGUUAUCUUUAAGUGAGAAUCAUUACUGUUUCAAUUUCGUCGCGGACAAACUUGGUUUAUAUUUUAUAGAUACUAAAAUAUUUCAACAAAUAUCAAUUUUCUUUUUAAAUAGAUCUGACAGCAUUCGAACGUUUUACUGUCUGUGAAUUUUUCGAUAAAAAGUGAUGUAUUGUCUGUACUUUUGAUCUUUUAUUCUAAACAAAAAAUAAAAUACCGCCGUUAUCGUCUACCUCAGCUUUGCAAGAGUAAUGAUUCAAUCUUGUUGUUGCAUUUGAAAUACUCUUAGGACGAUUAACCCUCGUUCAGCAACAUCAAGUAAUAAUGCAUGAAAAACGACGAGAAAUUUUAUAAAAAAUCGUUUUCAGAAUUAUUGUACAAAUAUAUAGUCGAUGCUUUUAAUUAUUUAAAAAUUAUUUCAUCACUUUUUCUAUUCGAUAAUUAUAUUCGUCUCUCUAUUCUUAUUAUUUUUAACAAUUAUUCUAGCAACCUUAGAAUAAAAUCAAAAUAUAAUUAAGGUUUUUGUGAAAUGGUCAGGUUGAACCAAAGGUAUGGUUAAACGAAAGGAGUCAGAUAUUGCAUUCCGUGCGGCUAUAAACAUUCCGCUGUUCGAGGAUUAAACGCCUAAUGCAAACGUCGCCAAGUCGACCGCUUUCGUCUGCUAAUCGGCACUAUCUUACAAACUUGUAAUUUUCUUAACGUUUGCCACUAAGAGCAUCGAGAACAAAUCGCUGCACGUAUCAGCUUGCAGAAGCGAACGAAUUUAUGACGAAAGCCCCUAUUAAAUGUAGUGCGCGCCGAAAAGGCCGUACCUUUGGAUGUGUGCAAUUUAAUGGUGUUAUUAAAUUAAUAAACUCUUUCAGAGAGCCGACAAGAUUUUAAUUUACGAUUAAAAGUUGCGUGACGCGCGAGAGUAAAUUUUUCGAUAUUUUAUUCCGUUCUCUGUCCAUCUGCUCUGUCGGACGUACCUCUCAGUAUCGGAUGACGAGUGCCACACCAAACGUCGAAAAACCAAUGUUUAACUGUGAUUUCCGAGUGAGAAAGUUGAGAGAGAGAGAGAGAGAAAGAGAGGGAGAGAAUGCGACGCGAGCAAUGAGCUUCCGCGAAAGAGAUUAUACGUGUGCAAAUAUGUGUGUGACUAGAAUUUGUUAAUAAAUGCGCAAUUACGGGGAUUUUAUUUCGAAUGAAAGUAAUCGUCGUAAUCAAAUAGACGACAUUUUGCAAAACACUUUGUUUCCAUUUCUCGACGAAAUAAAGAAUUUGCUGCAGAUCACUGCGAUAAUUUUAUGCAAAAUGAACUUUUUUUUGUCACAGCGGCAUUUUCUUACGUUUAUAUCAAAAGAAGGAUGUAUAAAAAUAAUAUUCCAUAUUUUGAUGCGGAAUUAAUUUAUUGCCUUUAUAUCAUUUCAUUUUGAUUUAUAUUAUUAGUAAUAUUAGUGUGAGUCAAUUUUUCAAAUAAGUUUUGUAUUACCAAAAUAUUAAUGCUAUAAUUUUUAUUCAUAUAUUUUAUAACGCAUUAUUUUUCUGAACGAGCAGAUGUGCACAAUUAAUGUUUUAUCAUCUGCUUUUUAUUUCACGCGGAAAUAUUAUAUAAUUAAUUAUUUUAAACGUAUAUUGCGUAAUACUCUUUGCGUAAUACUCCUUUGAAACAGUUAUGUACUGUUUUGUUUGGCAUUUCACAUGCACAAAUAUUUGAAUGCCAAACAAAUAGAAACAAUAUAUAUAUGCAAUAUUUUUUAAUAUUUAAUUCAUUCAAAAUUGAUCGGAACAUCUGCAAUGGAACAAAUUUAGUUUUUGUAACUUUCGACUGAAGUAUUCUCCGUUUUUGCGAUUGUGGGAAAUAAAUAAUUGAUAUAAUGUAAUCACUAUAUAUAUGUACUAUUUAUAAAUUAUAUCAAUGUCCUACUUCCCUUGUAAUUAUUGUAAAUUUGUUUAUAAGUAUAUAAGCUCUAACACAAAUCCCUAAUGAAGAAGUAAAGUUCGUAUAUACAUAUAUGCAUACGUGUAUAAAUAUAUAUAUACGUAUGAAUAUAUAUAUAAAUAUAUAAAUAUAUAUCUGCGUCUAUUUUUGCGUAACCAAAGUUUUAGUAACUAUCGAUAUUGUCGAUAUUACGUAGCGCAUCGAACUUUACGUAUGUACAUGACAUUAUAUUGAAGAGCGAUGUGAAUGACGAUUAUUAUGAAGUAUUGUAAUUUGUAAAUAGCUUUAUUAAAACGCAACGUUGGUAGUUACGAACGAAAGACAUCGUGAAUGUCGAGAAAUUUGCUCACAAUUCUAAUUCUUACGUUGAUCCUAUGUAUCUCUGAUUUUUAUAUGUGGUUACAAAGCUUUGUAUUUACUUGGCACGCGUGAGUGUCGUUAUCUACAUCAACUCGUCGUUAUUCUAUCAUUGUUUUAUUCUAUGUUACUCGAGAGUUUGAUUCUUUUCAAAACCAAAAUACAGCAAAUCGUUUCUUACAAAAAAAAAAGAA